AUGACAAAAAAUAAGCUAUUCGAUGAAGACUCUGAAGAGGAAGUCGCUUUAAAAACCGAAAAUGAGUACGCGAAAAAGUAUGAUUCUUGGCGUGAAAAGGAAGAGAAACACAAGUUGGAACAAAAGUACGGCGCUAACGCUCUUAAUUCUGACGCUUCAGAAACAUCUGAUAGCGAGGAUGACAGUGAUGAACCUUUAGAAGUAUCGGAAGAAACAGAAGCGCAGUUCUUGAAGACCUUAGCCUUAUUAAAGACGAAAGACCCGCGAAUUUAUGAUCCUGGUUACAAGUUCUUUGAUGAAAAGUUGGAAAACAAAAAAGAAAAAGAAAGCAGUGAGAAGAAGGUAGUCUUAACAGACAGUGAUGAGGAUAGUGAGGAUGACAAUCCAAAUAUAUUUAAAAUAGAGAAGAAAGCAGAGAUUAAUGAUGAAAAACAAGAAUUGAAUAAGGAUGGUAAACUAAAAGACUACCUCACUGGAAAAGUUGAGCAUGUUGAUGAAGAGGUAGAGAAGGACCUGGCUCCAUUGAAAGCACUUUGGUCGGACCCCCAGCUCAAUGAGGGCGAAGCUUUUCUAAGAGACUAUAUACUCAAUAAAAGGUAUUUGGAUGAAGGGGAUCCCGGGGAAGCAGAGGACAGGAUCCGCGAUGAUGCUGAUCUUGCAGCGGACGAGGAGAUGGUUGAAGAGCAGGGCAAGUUCGAGCGCGCCUACAACUUCCGCUUCGAGGAACCGGACGAUGAAUAUUUGAAACGAUUCCCGAGGACUAUGAACUACAUCAGGCCCAAGGACGACCGCCGCUCGAGGAAGCGCGCGGAGGUUCGCGCGCGGAAAGAGGAGGAGAAGAAGAAGAAGAUGGAGGAGAUCGCCCGACUGAAAGCGCUCAAGCUGAAGGAGAUACAAGAAAAGAUCGCCAAGUUGAAAGAGGUCACUGGUAACGACGACCUCGCCUUUAAGGACGAGGACAUUGAGGGCGACUUCGACCCUGAGGAGCACGAUCGGCGGAUGAAGGCGAUAUUCGACGAGCAGUACUACGGGGAAGCAGACCAGGAGAAGCCAGUCUUCCCGGACCUGGACGAGGAGUUGGAGAUCGAAAAUUGGGAGAACUAUGAAAACGAUCAUCGUCAGGACGCAGAAGAGAACGACGAAGGGCCACAUUGUGAAGAUGAAGAUUUUAAUAUGGACGCCGACUACGACCCGCGCAGGGCGCGCCAGAAUCUGCUCGAGGAGUUGAGGGGCAACAUGGGCAACAUGGGCAAGAGGCGCAGGAGCCGCAAGCGGAAGUCGAAGCUGGCCGAGCUGCUGGCCCGCCCCAAGCCGAAGUUCGUCCCCGACGAGGAGCGGAGCUACGCGCGCUUCAUGGAGGAGUACUACCAGAUGGACUGCGAGGACGUGAUCGGCGGGGACCUGCCCACCAGGUUCAAGUACCGCCCGGUGGUGCCCAACAGCUACGGCCUGACCGUGGAGGAGAUCCUGCUAGCGGACGACCGCGAGCUGACGCAGUGGGUGCCGCUGAAGAGGCUGGUGAAGCACCGGCCGGCGGCCGCCGAGAAGGGCGACGUGGGCACCUUCGCCCUCAAGGCGGCCGACGUCCAGCUCAAGAGGAGGCUCCUGCCCAGCCUCUUCAAGGACCUGCCGCAAGAACCAGAGCUAGUGGUGUCACCUGAAGAAGCUACCCAGAAGAAGAAAAAAAAGAAGAAGAAGAAGAAAUCCAAAUCCAAUGGUGAAACAGAAGAUAACGCUAUGGGCACAGAAACUCAAGAAAAUGGGAUAGAAACGAAAGACAAGGACGAGGAAAAUGGCGGAACAAACGAAGACGCUACACGUAAAAAGAAAAAUCACGGAGAUUCGGAUGAUGCUGUUACGGAUAAAAAUGACCUUGCUGAAGGAAAUAACGUAACAGAAAGCAGCAAUGAAAAGAGUAAGAAGAAAAAGAAGAAGAAAAAUAAAUUUAUCGUAGAAACUAUAGCAAACGAUCAAGAACCGAGUACGCCUGUAAAUGAUUCGAAAAAGGAUAAGAUACAGCCGAAUAAUAAUCUUAAAGACAAGAAACAAAAUUAUACUUUAAAAAGAAAACAAGAUUCGAGUACGGAACAAAAUGCAGAAACUCCAAGGAAAAAGCGAAAACAGACGGCUGACCAAAUGGAAACAGAGACGAAAGUCAAACCAUCAAACAAGAAGCAAAAAAAUAAAAUUAAGAAGAAAAACAAAUUCAAGCCUAAACAAGACACUGGGAAAUCGGACAAUCCUUUAAAUAAAUUGUCCGAUGAGAGGUUGAAGGCAUAUGGCUUGAACCCCAAGAAAUAUAGGGGCUUCUUGAAGUACAAGAAGUUU